AUGACCAUCCCUUAUCAUUGUCGGGACAUGGGUCUGGCCUUUAUGGCAGCUGUGUGCCUCACGGCUGCGGCUCCCUUAACUACGGAGUCAGCCAUCCACGCGACGUCCCUUCAUUGGAACCCCAACCACUUCUUCUUCACGAAUCCCAUUGAUGCCGACAUCGCCCGUGAGGUGGUCAAAGUUGGACCCGUCGAGGUCAAGGCGACCAUUCAGGCAUUCGAUGCGCAAUUCGAUGCCAGACAGAUCACGUUCCCUUUUUCUGCCGUCUUAGGGUUCUCUCCCGCGUUUUCUGACGAUAUAAAGAAUGCAUCUAUCCAAUCCCCUUUCUACCAGGCUUAUGAGGCCGGUGCUUGGAACAACACACAAACUGGAUUUUUGUACUGCUACGGCACCAACACGAGCCCCUGUAAUGGGUCUGACGGGAUUCAGACGCUUGGAGGGUACCGAGACGACCUUGUGCAUGGUGAGAUCGAAUGGCACGACGUCAUCAAGUUCCCCCUGGUAAAUGAUAUUGAUUUCAUAUACCAGCCGCCUAUUUAUAACUACUGGGCUUUGGAGCUCUCUGGGUUCGCAAUCGGCGACGAGGAGCUUGCUGUGAAUAAAAGCGCUGGCGCAGUCUUUGACCAUGCCAGCUACGGCCGUGGCGCCCCUGUGUCGCAAGAGGGAUACAAAAAGUUGAUCGAGACGGUGAAUGCGACAAAAGCAUGCCUUAAGGAUUCAGACCAGCCCAACAAUGCAAAGCAGGACUUCUACAAGUUUUCCAACAGCGCGUUUGAUGAGUUGGAACCUCUCAAGUACAGAUUCAGUGCAUCCAACCGUGAAUGGACGAUUCACCCAUAUGACUAUGUGGUCCCUCAUCCCUUUGAGGCAGAGUACUCGAUCUUGAAUGUCCGUGCGCUGGGAUGGGAUGACUUUGUUAUUGGAAACUUUGGGGAGACAUUUCUGAUCGAUAAAUAUACCAUCCUGGAUUUCGGCAACCCUGAAUCAUCAUCUAUAAGAGUCGGCCUUGCGGAUGCAAACUAUGACCCUUACCCAUGGCCCGUAGACCGAAAAGGCUACGGCUCUGAUACUGGUCAACAAAGACUCGGUGGCUUUGGCGCUGCAGAUGCCUAUUAUCCUCGUGGCCAUAGCCAAAUGCCAUUGGGCUCCAAGGGUAAAAUGACUGGCCUCUAGAAGGAGUGGAAGGAAUUGUUCUCAGAAGUUCGGCGUUGGAAAAGGAGCACACUUAGUGAUGCAG